GUGUCGAUAUGCAGCAAUGGCGGCUUGCAGGGUGAAUGUGGAAGAAAUAACAGGACAGCUAGAGGACUGUUUAUCGAAACUUGGAUUUGAAGUGUACCCUCUAAAGGUUGCUUGGUAUAACUCCCUGCUGCCCCCCUCCCUGCGCCUGGCCUACCCAGAUGACAGCCUGGCCGUGGUGGUGCUCAGCACUCCUUCCAUGUUUGAACAAGCCUUCCUGCCCUUCCUGGAGGAGAGGGGCUGCCAGGGGCUGUCUGACCCCAUAGACCAGUGUGUCAAACACUGUGUCACCUCUGCUGUCUCCCAGUGUUUUCCAGGUCAGGAGGUGGAUGUGAGGUAUGACUACGAGCUGCUACCCAGCAGGAAGCCGAAGUUCUUGGCACAGACUGCGGCUCAUGUGUCUGGAGCAGCUUUUUACUACCAACAGUCUGAUGUCAGAGACCAACCCUGGGCUGAAAAAAAGAUGUUUGGAGUGUGUGUGCAUCCGAGGUUCGGGGGCUGGUUUGCCAUCCGAGCCCUGUUGGUGUUUGGAGGUGUGAUGGCGGGCUCUGAGAUGGUGCAGCCUGUUCCUCCUGACUGUGUGCCUUCCAGAGAGGGCAGGAUACAGCUGCUGGAGGCUUUCAACUUUCACUGGCAGGACUGGGUGUACAGAGACAUCAUCCGUCCAGUCCAGACCUACUCUCAGAAACAGAAGGACUACUUUUCCACACUUCCUGCUAAGCGGUUUGAUCUGCUUAAGACUUGGGGCUUGAUGCCGAGCGAAAACGUUCAACCUGAGCCGACGUCAGACACACAGAGCCAGGUGAACGGACAUGGCUAAAAGAGAAGCUGCUGCAGUUUUGCCCAUCCUCUCUGAGCACAAACCUCCACUCCUGGACAGACUUUUCGUUAAAAUUUGAGUCAACUUUGAUAGACCCAAGAUCAAAGGUGUUGAACCAAGCUUAUAAGGUUUUGUUGAAAGCUAUUUGAAGGUAGAAGGGAUACUUUUUAAGGACUUGCUUAUGAACAUUUACUGCCUAAUGGCUUCUAUAUGAUGCAUUUCAUCAUAUAUCCACACUACAUAUGUCCACAUACAAGUACAAGUAUAGGCAGCUCCUCUCAUGGAAACUUGAACAUACUCAAAUGUAUGUAUUCUUUAAACGUUUGUGCUGCUGUUACAUAUCCGAGUGUGUUGUGAGAAUUAUAAAAAUGUUUUUUAUUUAAGAUGGCACUUCCUUCUUGCUGCUUGAGCCCGAAAAACAAAAACACACAAUAAAGACUGUAGAGCAGAGUAGAAACAGGGACUUUCACUAUCAUUGGAGUCCGUAUCAAAGAAAUCCUGUAACACCAGCCUGCCUUGAGUGCUCUACAAAUGAUAUUCUGUUCACUUGUAAUAAAAUAAAAUAUUUAAUUUCUAAUAAAUAAAUAUCUGUCAUAUUUA